AUGGACAUCGGCGAAGACUACCUGCAUCUGCCGCGAGACAGCGACCACGACGAGUACACGACCGAAGCGCUCUCCUCCUUGGAGGCGCUGCUGUUCCUAUCCUCGCGGCCGCCAGGCGCCGCGGCCGGCAUCAUCCCACGCGUCAGCCUGGCGGGUGCUCCACGCGACUCGGAUGUGGCGGCAGCGGUGGCAGGGGCGCUGAAGACAGUGGAUGCGCCGUCCGACGGCCGCGGCUGCCCGAUCUGCAUGGACGACGACAAGGUGCUGUGGAAGGAGACGCCGUGCCGGCACCGGUUCCACGGGCGGUGCGUGGAGAAGUGGCUCAAGGCCAAGGGGAGCUGCCCCAUGUGCCGGCGCCAGGUGGUGACGAUGCCGACGACGCGGAGUGGUUCAUGGAGCUCUCAGGAGUUGUAG